ACUUUCUCUUCUCCUCUACGUUUUUUCCCUCACUUCCUCCAUUACUCCAUUUUCUCACUAUCUUCUCUUUCCCAUUAUCUGCGAAAAUCACUCAGCACAAACCUCUGUUUUUGUUAUUAAAUCAUUAUCAAUGGCUCAUACACGUUCUUCAAAACCGAUUCCUAAAAAAGCUCUGAAUAUGAAACCGAAGAAAGCGGUUUCUAAGAAGAAGAAGGGCGAAUCAAGCAAUGUGAAGGAUAAAGUUCAGCAAGAAUCUGUCUCUGGUGAAGGAGUAAUCCGACAAUCUCCUCCUUCUCUCAAAAAGAGACAUGCAACCGAAAUUACUAAGCCAAAGAAGAAGCAAAAAGUGAUUUCAAUCUCUGAACCAAAACGGCGAAGUCCUAAGCUGUGGCAGUUAAAGCUCUUACGUGAAGAUCGACUUCAUUCGAAAAUCGAUACUUGUAUGUCCUACGAUACUAUUUCUGAAAUACAAUCAACUUUGAGUCCUUUUGAGUUAGAGUUGUUUAGGAAGUCUUGUUUCGGUUAUUUUCUCGAUAUUCCUAAGAUUAUGGUUCAAAACCAGAUUAUUCAUUGUUUGUUGUUGAGGGAAGUCGAGCAAUAUAACAAGUCUGAGAUGUGGUUUGAGGUCGGGGGUCAUAGGCUGAAAUUCGGUAUUGAGGAGUUUGCCUUAGUGUCGGGUUUAAAAUGUCACGGGAAUGUCAGUAAAUAUGGUUACCCGACGGUGUCUAAUGGAAUUUUGGACAAGUAUUUUGGCGGUUCGCAGUCUAUUUCUAAGCAAACUCUUCGAGAUAUUUUUAGGUCUAAGCGUUGGGAUUGUCCGGAAGAUGGUUUCAAGCUUGCUUUUAUGCAUUUUUUGCAUAACUUUUUGUUAGCUUCCCCUAAAACUGCUCGUAUUCCUCUAAAAGAUUUUGAUGUUGUUGAUUCCGAUGACUUGAAUGACUACCCGUGGGGUGUUGAUGUUUUUAAAUAUACUUUUGAUUCUUUGUCCACUAAGGCUGUUUUUGGUUCGGGUAGUCUUAGGGAAUCUAAACACAUCUACAAAUACUGUCUUCAAGGUUGUCCUCUUGUGUUUCUUUGUUGGUUUUAUGAAUGUUGUCCGAAGGUGCAAAAUUCCUUUGUUCAGUUGGUCAAUGAAGCUGCCAUUCCUCGCAUUUUGAAGUGGCAAGCUUUCUUUUUUCCUUUUUACAUCCCAGUUGAUAGAGAUCUUUUUGAUGAAGUUUAUUCUGAGAAGGUGAAUCUGCGGUCCAUUGUUCCAACAUCUGCUGAAUGGGAAACCCUUCCUUUAGGUGACUUUUUCAAAAGUUUCAAAAGGAAGGGGAAGUCUAGUGAUGGUUCUGGAUCUAGCAAAGAGGUUGGUGCUAAAGAUGGCUAUUUUCCGGCAUUACUUGUUACAGAUGAUUUGGAUGAAAGGAAUAAAUCUAAUGAUUUAGGCGCUAUAGAAGAGAAGUUCCAACUCAUUUUUACUGGUCAGAAGAAAAUCCAGUCUGAAAUUUCUGAGUUUAAACGCCUUAUUAGUAGUCAAGUUUCCGAAGUGUUAAGCGUUGUGAAACGGUUGUGUUUAAAGAUUAAUUUAGAUGUUGCUUCUGAAAAGGUUGAUGGUUUGUCCACUUCGAAGAAAGAUGCUACCUCCUCUCGUGACGAUAACGGUAGUGAUAGUGAUGAGACGUACGUUGCUGGUAAAAAGCCUGUCUCUAAAGAUCCUACCGACUUAGCUAAGUCUUCUUCUGACGAUUCUGAGCCUAUUUUGAAGGUUGUCAGCAAAAACCAGCAACAAUCUUCGAGCAUGCAUAUUUCUGGGUCUGUAAAAGAACAAAAAAUAGAUUUUGCUGCUGAGGAUAAUCCUAAAAAAGAUAGCUUUAAUGCUAGCUUUAUUGGAGUUGAGCAAGGCGUUGAGGAUUCUGUCAGCCGAUCAAAUUUUACACCGGAGAAAGAAUAUGCUAACAAGUUUGUGUCUGUAAAUGCAAAUACUGAGGAUAAGCGCUCCGAUGAUAUGCCAUUGAGCGAAAAAGCUGCAAAUGAAUAUGCGGCUGAUGAGAAGGCUGCUAAUGAAGUUUCAGUUGACGUUGAUUGCGAUGGUUCUUCAUCGGACGCCACAAUUUCAGACAAGGCUGGUGAAUUUUCAAGUGCCUAUAUUGAGAAUACUGCAACUUAUGGUAUCGCGGAUUCCGUAAAUGCAAACAUUGAGGAUAAGCGCUCCGAUGACAAGACAUUGAAUGAAAAAACUGCAAAUGAAGAUGCCGCUGAUGUGAAGGCUGCUAAUGAAGGGGCUAUCGAUGGGGAUGGCGAUGGUUUUUUUUUGGAGGCCACGAUUUCGGAGAAGAUUGAUCGUAAAGUUGAUGACAUUGAACCUGCCAAUAUUGAGAAUGCUGCAACUGAUGGUGUUGCUGAUUGUGCAAAUUUUGUUUUUCCUACGGAUGUUGGGACAUCUACUGGCAUCGAUAUGCUCGCUAAUAUUGUUACACAAAAAAAAUUGAAUUCUGUUGUUGGAGCUUCUGUUUCUAAUGAGGUUCCUGUCCGACCUCUAUCUAUAAUUGAUUCCCCAACUUGGAAUAUAUCUGCUGAGGUUUUUGAUCAAACGCUUGAAAAUGCGAUGGCUUCUUUGGCUGAAAGGCAGUCACAGGUUUCUUAUGCAGAUUUUAAUUUUGGUUGUAUUGUACCGAAGGACAGUGUCGGUAGUGUUUGUAUUUGUCCUUUUGAUGAAAAUAGUAAUAUGUUUUCUCAUGUGAGUAAACACAAGGCUUUCUUGAAAUGGAUUGAAGAAGGACAUGUUAAGAGUUUCAAGAAGAAAAUUUACGACGAAGCGCAUGUUUCAUUGAGUCCUCGCCUUCGUCUUGGUGUCGCUGAAAUUGAAAAGAAAAUUUGGUUUUAUAAUCUUUAUAAGCCUAGUCAGCCAAUUGACAGCAGUGUAUGUGUUUUCGAUUUUUUCGCCAUGUUGAUAUACUGUUUUACUACCUAA